AUGUAUAUCCAGGUAUAUUUCGAUAAAAUUGUAAUAUUAUUAGUUGUUAAUUUGUAUGUGGUCAGUGGAUUUGAGCCAAAAUUUACAGAUAUGAAUAUUAAAGACUCUGUUGGAAACACUAUCCAAAUCCACAAUAAAUUGACCUGUUAUGCAGAAAGGUACACUGAUGUGAGAUGUACCGAUUCCGGAUAUUACGUGGCGCCGUUAAUUUACCAUUAUGGAAUCAAACCUAUGGUAUUUCAAGAACAACAUAAUUGUACUAAAGACGAUCUCAGCGUGCUUCCGAUAGAAUGUUGUGUACCUGAUAGUAACGACUGUACAUUUGAGGAUACCAACCAUAUCAUACAAAUUUGGAAGAUUUGUGGCUAUUCAAGCCAUUGUAAAAGUCUUAUUGGUGGCCGAACCGAUAUAUCAGAAAUGAGAGAUCAUAACUGUGGUAAGAAGUUUAUAAAAGAGAGUGACAUUACUACAAGUCAGUAUUCUUAUCUUAGAUAUGCUUGUUUACCAGAGAAAAUGGAAGUGAAUUUUGAUGGCGGAAAUGGUAAAGGGAAGGCGUUGUUAUUAAAAACUAAAGAAACGACCUACAACACUGGUAUCAAAUUACAGUGUCAUAUUACCACAGAUAAUAAUAACGGUUUAUUAGUUCAGUUUGUCGAUGUUAGACUUUGUAGAGGAGAUACAAGAGUUUGUGAUCAAGCUUUGACAAUAUUUAGGAAUGGAAAAGAAGCUGGAAAAGAGAUCAGUGGAUCAAAAUUUGGGUUGGAAACUUGGUUUGGAUCGCCUGGUCAACCAAACGUGAUUAUCACCUUCGAAAGACAGUCCCCAACAACCAAAUAUAAUAUAUUACUUUAUAUAACUACCAUUUACGGAUUCAGUGACAUCGAAAUCAAAUGUGAUCAACCUUUACCAAUAACAACAACUACAACAAUAAUCACAACAACAGUGCCAUCAACAACAUCGACCACAAGAGCAGAACCACUAACAACAGCCACAACAACAACAGAUGUUGAGAUAGUGGGUGCAGGAGUAGCUGGUAUAUUAUUAGCAUCUUUUAUUUGUCUCUGUACAUUUAGAUACACCAGAAACAAGCCAAGUACUGCCAAGAUCACAUUUGACCAAUCAAAAAGAGAAAUUCGCAUUUUGGAAAAAGUUUCGAGAAAAUCGACUUUAAAGUUUCACCCAAAUUUUCCAGAGGAAAAUCGCUUAUUUUGUGGUUUGGGGAAGAAAUCAGAAACCAAAAGUGCUGUAACAGGCAGAGUUUUCACGUCAAAAAGAGAAAUUCGCAUUUUGGAAAAAGUUUCGAGAAAAUCGACUUUAAAGUUUCACCCAAAUUUUCCAGAGGAAAAUCGCUUAUUCUGUGGUUUGGGGAAGAAAUCAGAAACCAAAAGUGCUGUAACAGGCAGAGUUUUCACGUCAAAAAGAGAAAUUCGCAUUUUGGAAAAAGUUUCGAGAAAAUCGACUUUAAAGUUUCACCCAAAUUUUCCAGAGGAAAAUCGCUUAUUUUGUGGUUUGGGGAAGAAAUCAGAAACCAAAAGUGCUGUAACAGGCAGAGUUUUCACGUCAAAAAGAGAAAUUCGCAUUUUGGAAAAAGUUUCGAGAAAAUCGACUUUAAAGUUUCACCCAAAUUUUCCAGAGGAAAAUCGCUUAUUUUGUGGUUUGGGGAAGAAAUCAGAAACCAAAAGUGCUGUAACAGGCAGAGUUUUCACG